GACAUGGUUUGACUGAUUGCCGGAUGCAUCACUGGUGCAGCUGAUCGAUGAUACAAAAUUACAUCUUUACUGCGUUAUUUUACGGAAGAGUAGUUAUUAUUCGUUGUAAUAAAAUUGGAUUAUUCUUUAUCUAAUCGUCGACUGACUGGUCGUCGUUUUUCUAAUACGUCUGUUUCAGUCAUUGUACUCGUCCGUGUGUAUUUCACAGACCACUACGCCGGUUCGUCGGGCGAAGCGACCAUUUUCUAUAACCCGUUCAAGUGUUAUUUAAUAGUAAUAAUUGCGAUUUCAAUAACUAUCAAGAUCUAGAUCUUUCAGUUGUCUCUAUCGUCGGCUGCGAUCCAAACGCUUGUUGUCAGCUAUUAGGCCCAAAACAAAUAUAAUAAGGAUAUUCAAAAUAAAUUCAAGAUGGCACCCAAAUCAUUACAAGUUCAAAAUCGAAACAAGUCUUCUAAGAAUAAUAUCUUUAUCAAAAAACUUAAUCAUGCUUUGGUAAUCAAUAAUAAUUUACGUAAGCGUAUUGAAGAGUUAUCGGAACAAAAUAAACAAUUAUCUACUACAAGAAAUAACUUGUCAUUGGAGAAAAUGUCAUUGCAAACUGAAAAUAACUCUAUUAAAAAUUCAAAUGUUCAACUAACGGCAAUGCAUCAUAUAAUGAAUAAAAAAAUUAAUGCAUUAGAACAAACUAUUCAAAGCUGUAUACCUGCAUUGGUAACUAUGUCUCAAUGUAUCCCAUCUAUGUUAGAAAGUGUACACGAAAUGAGUAAGUUUGAGAUCAAAGACUUUACCAAGGAAAAGAAAGAAAAACAGACAAAAACUGUUAGACCUAUGAUUAAUGGUCAUACUAUCACUCAGCCAGCUGUUUCAAUAAGAAGAUUUGAUAUGUCGCCUAUCAUUGAAAGUCCUAGUACUGAACAAACGCGGCGUAGUACUGAGCAAACUCCAAAAAGACCAAGAAAACUGAGUUAUAGAAGUUCACCACAAUGCAAACUUAAUAUGGAACCAUAUGUAAGAUUAAAAGAUGUUGCAGCCAUGUUAAAAAACUCUAAAGCUGUUCCUAAUGAAGAAGGUUCUCAACGUCGAUUGAAUGAAAAUUUAGGUGAAGGUCCUAGUUGGUUGCAUACUCCAGAAAAUCAAACACAGAAUUCUAACAAUAGUACAAAUGCAAUACAAACUGUUGAAAGUUCUCCUAGAUCAACUACAGUCAAUGAAAGUCAGGCUGAUGUGACAACAAUUGCUUCUACUUCAAGUGUUAAUGCGGAUAAUACAUUAAAUGGAACUGAAGAACGUCACAGUGAUUCGGUAAUUUCUAUUGAUUCAAGUAUGAUGAGAAACGUAACAUGUCGAAGACGUACUAAACGGUCAAGUGAUUCAAGCGGUACAUCUGAUUUUGAUGAUUCAACUUCUUCAUCAAGACCUAGUAGAUCUGCAUCAAAAAAUAUCAACUAUAAAGAAAAGAGCCUGGGCAAUAAACUCAGAAGGUAAUUUUAAGUAUCAUAAAACCUAUUAAGAAAUUGUUUAUGAUAUUUAAUUGUGUGUUUUAUACUAUUGUAUGUAAUUUUUUGUUAUUAGUUAACAACAAAUAUUUUCAAACUAAUUUUGAUAUAGUAUAUGUUUUAAAUGUAAUCUUUAUAAUAUGUAUAUAUUUUUUUUUCUAAAGGAAGUUUAUAUAAUAUAAAUCAGUUUCACAAAUAUUAAGAGCAUUGAAAUAGUUUAGAAGAUAAUUAUGUAUUUAAAGUAUCAUAAAACCGAUUAAAAAAUUGUAUAUGGUUUUAAUCGUGUGCAUUAAACUUAAUAUGUAACUCACUAUUAUGUGUAAUUUUUCAGAUUUUAUUGGGUAAUCAAUAGUUUUUAUUUUUGACUUAUUAUGAUUUGGUAUAAGUUUUUUUAAUUGUA